AACAGAUGGAUCAGAGAUUGAAGAAGAAGCCAAGUGCUAAAAAUCAUCAAACGUCAUUAGUCAAACAAAAUAUCUCACUCACUCUCACUCAGAGAGAGAGAGAGAGAGAGUGAAGCGGGAAAUAUCAACGACCAAUUAACAACCUUGUGGCAGAUCAGUUCCCAAAAAUGGCUUUCUCAACUCGGCCACUGUUCAACCACACACUAUACGCACCACCACUUCGUCAACCCAAGAAGCAGAAACCUGUAAUCCCACUUUUCUCUAAUGCCCACUCUACCCCUCCUCCCCUCCGUUCUUCUGCUUGUUUCAGGGCCAAGUUUGGCACUUUCACAAACCCAUCAUCAAAACUCGGAUUCAGUGUCAAGGUUGGAUCUCAGAAUGGCUAUUCUUCAGGGGAUGAGGCUCAGUCUCUUAUUCCUGAGGCAACUCCGCAAGAGGAUUAUUCUUGGGUUUCUGUGAUUAUUCCUUUUGUGUUUCCGGCAUUGGGUGGUCUGUUAUUUGGGUACGACAUUGGUGCCACUUCUGGUGCUACCAUCUCAUUAACGUCCGCUGAGCUUAGUGGCACAACUUGGUUUAAUCUAACAGCUGUUCAGCUUGGUCUUGUGGUUAGUGGUUCCCUCUAUGGAGCUCUUUUUGGUUCUCUCCUUGUCUACCCAAUUGCUGAUUUCCUUGGAAGGAGGAGAGAACUCAUCACAGCAGCUGCACUUUAUCUCCUUGGGGGUCUGAUCACCGGAUGUGCUCCGGGCCUUGGUGUUCUCUUAGUAGGGCGUCUUUUAUAUGGCAUUGGUAUUGGAAUGGCCAUGCAUGGGGCUCCACUCUAUAUUGCUGAAACAUGUCCAUCUCAAAUUCGUGGAACUCUAGUGUCAUUGAAGGAGCUCUUCAUAGUUUUGGGGAUCCUGUUGGGUUAUUUAGUAGGAAGCUUUCAGAUUGAUGCAAUUGGGGGGUGGCGUUACAUGUAUGGAAUAAGUGCUCCCAUUGCUUUACUUAUGGGAAUAGGCAUGUGGAUUCUCCCACCCUCUCCUCGCUGGUUGCUUCUCAAGGCAGCUCAAGGUAAAGGGUCUGUGAAAGAAUACAAAGAAAAAGCCGUUCUUGCCUUGAGCAAGUUGAGAGGCCGGCCUCCUGGUGACAAAGUGUCUGAAAAGCAAAUAGAAGAGACAUUUGUUACUUUGAAGUCAGCCUAUGCAGAUCAGGAAUCAGAGGGGAGUUUGAUGGAGGUCUUUCAAGGCCCUAGUUUGAAGGCCUUCAUAAUUGCUGGGGGUUUGGUCCUUUUUCAACAAAUAACAGGGCAACCAAGUGUCCUAUAUUAUGCAGGUCCAAUUCUUCAGAGCGCAGGAUUCUCCGCUGCCGCUGAUGCUACCAAAGUAUCGGUUAUAAUUGGGUUGUUCAAGUUCGUGAUGACAGGGAUAGCUGUGCUGAAAGUUGAUGAUCUAGGAAGAAGACCUUUGCUGAUAGUAGGAGUCAGUGGACUUGCUCUUUCCUUGUUCCUCCUCUCUGCUUACUACAAAUUUCUUGGAGGGUUCCCACUUGUUGCUGUAGCUUCUCUUCUUCUCUAUGUUGGUUGCUACCAGAUAUCUUUUGGUCCUAUAAGUUGGCUUAUGGUAUCGGAAAUAUUCCCGCUUCAGACAAGAGGAAAAGGGAUUAGUCUUGCAGUUCUUACUAACUUUGGUUCAAAUGCUCUUGUGACAUUUGCAUUCUCACCAUUGAAGGAGGCACUAGGAGCAGACAACCUUUUCCUCCUUUUUGGGGCUAUCGCCUUGAUAUCUCUUCUGUUCGUUGUACUAAUUGUCCCAGAAACCAAAGGUUUGAGUUUGGAAGAAAUAGAAUCCAAAAUCUUGAAAUAGCUGCUAAUCCAUGUCCAGAGCCUGUCAUUGUAAGUUUUCCCACUUGACAUGUAUUCACAAAUCUGUAACCGUGUUUGUUACUAAUACUAUAUUCACAGAAUCAUGUAAAAUUUGUUCCACAACUAUGUAAAUCACUAUAUGAUUCAAUUUCACGACGCUUCAGUGACAUUUCA